AUGAAGAUCUUAGCAACUCCUGCUUUCGCGCUUCUAGCUGCAGCUUUCGCACGUUCUACUUUCACAACUCUCGCUCAGCAAGUUGGAACCAAUACGAAAGAGGUGCACCCACCUCUCGUGUCUUCUCACUGCUCAAAGACCGCCGGGUGCGUAACGGAGACGACAUCGAUUGUGCUGGACGCCAACUGGCGCUGGCUGCAUCAAGUUGGCGACUAUAAAAACUGCUACACUGGCAAUCAGUGGGACUCCACGCUGUGCUCAGACCCAAAAGCUUGCGCCCGAAAUUGCGCUCUCGAAGGUGCAAACUACCAAGGAACCUACGGCAUUACCACAUCCGGCGACGAGUUGAAGCUCAAUUUAGUCACGCAAGACCAGUAUGGAACGAACGUGGGCUCGCGUGUUUACCUCUUGGACGCGGACGGCUCCAAGUAUAAGCAAUUCAAGUUGCUGAAUCAGGAGUUUACACUCGACGUGGACGUCUCCAAUCUUCCUUGCGGACUCAACGGUGCGCUUUACUUUGUGCAGAUGGACAGCGACGGAGGAGGUAGUCGCUUUCCAUCCAACCAGGCAGGUGCAGGCUAUGGCACGGGCUACUGCGAUGCCCAGUGUCCGCAUGACAUCAAGUUUAUCAACGGCGAGGCCAACACGCUCGAAUGGGGUGCUACGAGCCAAAAUGCAGGUGGUGGGAAGUAUGGUGCCUGCUGCGCUGAGCUAGACAUUUGGGAGGCAAACAGCAUGAGCAAUGCUUUCACUUCGCACCCGUGCACGUCAAAAGGACUUUUACGCUGCUCAAGCCCGGAGGAGUGCGGCAGCGGUGAUGGCAAUCGCUACAAGGGCGUGUGUGACAAAGACGGCUGUGACUUUAACCCCUUCCGAAUGGGCAACGAGACGUUUUACGGCCCCGGGCCUCAAUUUACUAUCGACACCACGCGGAAGUUCACGAUCGUCACCCAAUUCAUUACGAGUGACAAUACCGCAGCUGGGCAUCUCGUCGAGAUCCGACGCUUGUUCAAGCAGGACGAUCGCGUUGUAGCCAUGCCACAGAGCAACUGGUCCAUCUUGGACAGUGCCGACUCGAUUACCGACUCGAUGUGCGAGGCAUCCAAGACUUUUUUCAAGGACCCGAACGAUCACGCUGACAAGGGUGGGCUCGUGCGCAUGGGCGAGCAAAUGGCGAGCGGCAUGACGCUCGUCAUGAGCUUGUGGUCCGACCAUGCCGCCUACUGUCUCUGGCUCGACAGCAGCUACCCUGCUGAAGCGGACUCGACGACGCCCGGCGUCAAGCGUGGCCCGUGUCCAACGUCCGGCGGUCGUCCGGCUGAGGUGGAGAUCCAGCACCCGGAUGCCACCGUCAAGUUCAUGAACAUUCGCGUGGGAGACAUUGACUCGACGUACUAG